CUGUAGAUUGUCAUGUUGGUGAUCGGGCGUGUCAGAGCUGUAGCGGUAGGAAAUCAGAAGUAGUGCCACGUCUCAGUUCUGAGUAGAGCUCCAAGGAGUUGUAGUUCGAAAUAUCAGUCGUGUUCCUGAGGAGUCAUCAAUUUUUGCAAUUAAUUACAGGUUACCAUGUCGAGCACUUCACAGAAACACAGGAACUUUGUUGCUGAACCUAUGGGAAACAAACCUGUAACUGAGUUAGCAGGAGUCGGAGAAGCAAUAGGCGGCAGAUUUCAGAGAAUGGGCUAUGACAAGGCAAAUUCUGUAUUGGGACAGUACUUGGUUCUUGGGAGGAAUAAGGAGAAUUUUGUUGGUUGGAUGAAGACAACAGCUGGUGCAAAUCAGAAACAGGCUAAUGAUUGUUACCGUUGUCUCUCAGAGUGGAGUGAUCAGUUUUUGUGAAAUGCUGGAACAGAACUAAAAAUAGAGUUUUCAAGCUAUGUAUGUGUUUUACAAAUUAAAUAGCUUUAUUGUAUUUUAUGUAUCUUGGUUUGGUGCUCUUUCAGCCGAUUGUAAUAUGUGUUAAAGUCAGAAUAUUAUUACUGUUGCCUAUUGGAGUAAUUGAUUUUUGUUAGUCAGUUUUUUUAUUUAAAGUGGGUGCAUUUUUUGUUCAGUUUGAAACUACUCUCAUGAUUCUGGGAUUAGAAUAAUAGAUUUUUUUAGAUUGGUGUUUGGAAAUUUUAUUUGUAGGAGAUGUGUUCUGAAAAAGACCAGAAUGUUAUUAUAAUGUCUUUAUUGCUCAUGAUACUUCAUUUUAAGCACUGUUCCGCAUAAAGUAGUACUCUCCACCCUUCCCAAUAUUUCUUCCAUUUUUGGAAAGCCAUGUGGAAUGCAUUUUCUGGGACGGUGCACAGGUCUCAUCAUAUUGUCCUGAUCUCUAUGGUUUGGAAACAACGGCCUUUCAAGCUGGUUUUAAAUUUGGAAAGCUAGGUCUGGAGGGGGGUGGCUGCAGCACAUUGUGAGUCUUCACAUUUUGCCAGAUGGCUGCAGACAUGGAGCAAUGCACGAGCUGGCACAUUGUCACGAUACAACAUCCAUGUUCAGUUAUUAUACAGUUCAGGUCUCAUCCUGCCACAAAAUUCCUGAAACAUGCAAAAAUUCCCUGAUAACUUCCAAGUUUUGCCAGGUGGUACAAAUUCCUGACAGACAAUGCCUUUAUGGUCAAAAAACUAUUAUCACCUUGAUCUUUGACCAACUCUUUUUUUCCCCUGGGAAGAGAUCCUGUGCCCACCCACUCUAACAACUGCACCAUAAACACAGCCAUGAACCCACAUCUCAUCUCCUGUUAUGGUGUUCUUAAGGAAGUUUUCAUUGUCUCUGCAGUGGCAAGCAAUUUCAACAUGCAUGUCUGAUCAUCAGUCAAUAAAUGUGGCACAAAUUUUGCAUUGCCACAAUGGAUUAGAAGUUUGUCACACAAAAUUAUGGUUUGGUCCUUCACUGGUGCCCACUUUGUCAGCAGCUUCUGAACAGUUAAACAAUUCCAUAAACCACAGCAUGAACUUUCUUGAUAUGGUCUUUAUCUGUUGAUGUGGUAGAUCAUGCAGGACCGGUAUCUUCACUGACCUAUCUUCUGUCAUGUUCAGAAACUUAAGCCACUCAUAGCACUGUGUGUUACUCAUACAGUCCUCCCCAUAUGGUUGAUUAAGCAGUCAAAAUGUAUAAAAGAUUAAAUAAGUUUACACACACAAUCUUCAAGCUUUUUUUAAUGUCACUUUGUCACUAAUCUGACAAACAGCAUGUACAUGUGUUCACUUCACCAAACAUAGCUUGGCAAAGCAACUAAUGGUCACAUCAAAAUUAUGUUAUUGACAGUUUGUUUUCUAAACUCUGCCACUAGGUGUACUCAGUAGCCAGAGCAUGCUCCCUCUGCCAGUUGAUGCUCUAUUUCAAAAGUUGUCUUUUUUUUGGACACAUCUCAGAUAUUCAUAUUUGGUCUUGUGAUGUCUUAUGCAGAUAUAAGGCGAUUAAUUCUAGACAUGUUCUUCCAUAAAGACUACAAUCUAUUUUGUAUAAACAUAAUAAAUUAUCAUUUAAAAUGUAGCUAUUUUCAGGUAUAAUUUUUUAAUUUUUGUUUUCAAUGAAACUAAACCAUCGAAUGUUCCAUUUGUUUAUUUUGCUGUAUGUAGUUUUUAUGCAUAUUAAGGAUAUUGAAACAUUCAUGUUAAUGCUUAUGUGAUUUCACAAUGUAUAAUGUAAAUGUUGCACUGCUGUAUAUUGAAAUAAAAUAAUAAACCAUU